AUGUUGGAUUACUUUUUGAAGCACAUUGGAAGAUACCUUAAAUACGUCUUACUGGCGUAUGCUGUAGUGUCAAUUACAUACACGACAGCUAGAUUCUACAAUAUCACUGGUUCUUCACAUGCAAGAACUCGUCGCAGUGUCAUUGAACCCUUACCGCAAGAGAAGAAACCCCUCUUCGUUGCUCCUUUAGAUCAAGUUUCUAUUGAAAAGGAUGCACAACAAGAACUGGAGAGCAUUAUCUAUUAUGAUCAAUUGCAAUCAUCGCAAACAGAUUUCGGUGUAAAAAGAGGACCAAGCAUUGAUAUGACUUCUGAUCCUAUUUUUCAAUCUAAAGUAUUCUCUGGUGCAAUGGGGCCCUCUAAUGUUCAACCUUACUAUUACAAGGCUUCAGAGAGAACGGAAGGAGAAGAUAUCACCAUCUCCACUAUAGUCACUAGCGACAGAUUUCCUGUUCUUAGUAGAUUGGCAUCUCGAUAUCAAGGUCCAAUUUCAGCGGCGAUUCACAUUAAUGAUGAUGAACAAAAGGAAAGCAUCUUGGCCAAACUGCAGCAAACUUACCAUGGAAAUCCAGAUAUGAAACGUCAUGUUGAUGUGCAUCUGAUCAUUGACAAGUUUGAUCGACAAUUCAACAUGUGGCGAAACACAGCCAAGCUGUAUGCUCGUACAGAUUAUAUCAUGAUGUUGGAUAUCGAUUUCUAUCUCUGCACCGACUUCCGAAGAGACAUUCUGGAGAACACUGCUAUCAUGAACAAGCUGCGACAAGGCAAUACAGCUCUGGUUAUACCCGCAUUUGAAUACAUUGUCCAAUCGGAUGGAUUUAACUAUGAAAACUUCCCUAAAACUAAAGAUGACUUGCUGAUGGAGGUCUUUGAAGAAGAAAAGCUCGACAUGUUUCAUCGUAGCUGGGAGAAGGGUCAUUCUGCUACUAAUUACUUUAAAUGGUACACUGCUACCGAACCUUAUCUCGUGGAAGACUACAACUUUUCAUACGAGCCCUAUGUCAUUUUCAAAAGACAGGGAUCUCCAUGGUGCGAUGAGCGUUUCAUUGGUUACGGUGCAAACAAGGCUGCUUGUCUCUAUGAAAUUUACAUCUCUGGCAUCGAUUACUAUGUGCUGCCAAAUGAUUUCAUUAUUCACCAAUCUCAUGACUACCCUGAGGCCACCCGCAAAAGAGAGCGCCUGUUCAACCGCAAGGUCUAUGCCAACUUUCGCGAAGAGCUCUGUCUGCGUUAUUCUCGCCAGUUUGUAGCCAACAAUCAAUGGGAAACCUCUGUUGCUGACAACUUGCGCAAUGAAUGUAGAAAAGUCAGAGGCUUCACUGAUGUUAUCAACCACAUUGAUCAAUAA